AUGGGCUUUUUCGACCACCUCCAGAAAGGAGGGGCUUUCUCGCUACAGGCGAAGAAGACUCAGGUCCGCAAAGUCGUUCAAACACGGCCGGUAGCCCCUGCGCGAUCCCCGACACAAACUCCCGAUUCUCGAUCGCCUCGCGUUCAGUCCUCAUCGGCACGCAGCCGCAAGACGCUCGAAGCCCGAUCGGUCUCGAGUGACGCAGACGCCGAUGCCCGCCCCUCCAAGCGACUGACCACCCCUAGCCGCCCACGGAAGCGACCAACCCCGGAGAUACGAUUAUCGAGCGACGACGAUGUCAGCGAUAGUGAUACUUCCUUCGAAAUGCGCAAGCGCCUGCGGACGAGCGCCAGCGCGGAGCCUGACCCUGAGCGGCGCAUUCGCUCCGUGAAGGCUUUUUCGGAGGAGGGAGGCCGGCCGUUUAAAAUGGUGCAUGCGGCCGACAUCACAUCGGGCCAAAAGGCAGGCAAAUUUAAGCCGGCAUUCGGUGCUGGGGGUAAGCCCACGGAGAUCCUUCUACAGUAUCCCAGCGCUUCGCAAAAAGAAAGAUUCGACUCCGUGGUGCCUAAAGACAACGACGACUUCCGGCCCAUCGAUGAUAUUGUCCAGGUGAUCGAGACCGUCGCGGACAACUAUAUUCCGAGCGAAGAGGCAGAGGAAUUUAACGAUGAGGCCACCGGCAUCAGGCGAAGGCUGCGCAGGGCGUUGGCUGUGACAUCGGAGACACAAUUUUGUGAAGCCGUUGAGGAUUACAACAAGGCGAUCGACCGAUUGAGAACCAGCGGCAGCCUUGUAAAGCAUUUGAAUGAGAUACAGCGCAUCAGCCUUCCAUGGGUAGAGCGGAUCCUCACUCAAAUCUAUGCACGCACGGUUUCCCCUCGAGUCGAAUCUCUACGGCAAUACGAGAACGGCACAGACAACGUUUAUGGUGAACUUCUCCCUCGAUUUAUCAGCAACAUCUUCAAGGAGACAAAACUGAAGUCGGGCCAAGUUUUUGUCGAUCUUGGCUCUGGCGUGGGCAACGUUGUUCUGCAAGCCGCGCUUGAAAUCGGUUGUGAGAGUUGGGGUUGUGAGAUGAUGACGAACGCGUGCGAUCUAGCAGAGUUGCAGCAGGCCGAGUUCAAGGCGCGCUGCCGUCUUUGGGGAAUUGCACCGGGCAAGACACACCUCGUCCGCGGCGAUUUCCUCGAGCAGGAAAGCAUUGUGAAUGUCUUGAAGCGAGCCGAUGUGGUGCUCAUCAACAACCAGGCAUUCACGCCACAACUUAACAACGAGCUGAUCAACCAUUUCCUCGAUAUCAAGGAGGGGUGCAAGAUCGUUUCGCUCAAGUCUUUUGUCCCUGCCGGUCACAAGAUUCAGUCACGCAACCUCAACUCUCCUAUCAACCUCCUCAGGGUCCAGCAGAAGAACUACUGGUCCAACAGCGUCAGCUGGACCGACGUCGGUGGCACAUACUUCAUUGCCACAAAGGACAGUUCACGCCUGAAGGCCUUUAUGAACGACUCUCUAUGA